AUGAUAUAUCAUGGAUCAUCCAGUCAUAAAAGGCUUGAUAACUGGAGAGUAUUUGCCAUUGACAACAAUUUGAAGGUUGGAGAUGCAUCUGUGUUUGAACAACUGGAGUGUAGCUGUGCUAGGCUAGUAUUCAGAGUCCAAAUUCUCAGAGGUGACAUCCCAUCUGAAUUUCUAGACAAGCUCGAUGGUGAUAAUGUAGAUGCACCAAUUGUUCUCAAAUAG